AAUAAUAAUGAAUUAACAAAACAAUUAUUUUAUGAUAUUGAAACGGAUGGUCGAAUUCAUUUAGUUUCAUCGGAAUUACAAUCACCAAAACCAUUAUAUUUCAUUCGUUUUGCUGUAUGUUAUCAUUCACCGAAUCGACAACAUAUUGAUUAUGCAUAUAAUGUCAUUAGUGAAUUAUGUGAAAAAUUAUUAAUUCAAACAAACAAUUCAACUAUCAAUAAUCAAUGGAAUCAUUCAAAUAUCAAUCCUAUGCUACUUGAUCAAGAUCAAGUAAACAUUGAUCAAUGA